AAUCCGAUGCUAGCUAAUAGCUAACGUUGCUAACUAGCGAGCUAACUCGUUAGCAACAUGCUAUGUCCCAGACCAGUCUAGACUUAACACACACAUUGUUUGCUUGGUGCCACGUUGAUCUGUGCAGGUUUUGAAGACAGCAACUCGUUUUUAGUACUGGCUGGUGGCACUUCAAAAGUGCAAGUUUUAGAUAAGUUGUUAGCCAAAACAAGACUGAAGUGUCAAGUUGGGUAGACUAAUUAGUGAUGCUUUAUUGGUCCUUCAAAAUAAGAGCGCAGUCUCUACAGCGAUUUUAGACAGCGCGAGAAAGAGAAGUAAAUGCAUCAGAAAUACCCUGUUGGAAUUGCGCUGAAAGAACUUUCUACACAUUUUAAAAUAUAUUUGCUAAACACGGCAUUAAAGUUUAAAAUAAAAUGUUAUAAAAUAGUGAUAGUAGAAUAAAUCAAAAAUGUUUAAAUACACACAUUUUAUUAAUCAUAAUUUUGUUUUUAUGCAAGGUAGGUUUUCAAAUACACGUAGUUGACUUUGGUAUUUAAGUAAGAUAAGGUAAAAUUCCCAAUAUAAAUAGUGGUAUAAAUAUUAUUAAACUUCUUAUCAUAAAACUAUUAUAAUUUCAGAGAAUAUAAAUAUACAAGUUAUUCGGAAAAUGUGUAUGGUAUGUUUGAAUUCUAAGAUGCAGUGCAGUUUUAAACACUAUGUGUUGCUUAUGUUUGAUUUAAGUUUGGUUUUAUUAGUCAGAGCUGUCUGGAAUAUGAUCUGAGUUAGCAUCUGUUAGCCUCCUAAAACAUUGCUUUAUUCUGAAGGUUUCAUUGCAGUACUUCCGCUCUUAACUUCACUCACACGUGCUAACUUUACGCAACAAGGCAGCGAGCAGCUAUCGAUGGGAGGCUGGAGCUCAGGGGAACCAGCCAGAGUUGACGGCGUUAGCUUAGCCAAUUUAGCUUUCUGCCAGCGAGUCAUCUGCUGUUGUGGGUUUGCCAGCAUGCUAAUAGGGGCCGCUUAACCGCAACACACUGCAGCAAGUCUCCUGUCUCUGUAGAGGUCCAGCUGAGCCAUGCGACAGUGGUGUGUCCCCGCCGCGACCCCUCGCUCUGAGCCGCUCCCGGGGCGCCUGUCUGUGUCCCCUCCUCCACCAGAUGCCCGGAUGGAGUGCUGCGAGGUGGAGCCGCGCUACACCAUCGAGCAGAUCGACCUCCUGCAGCGCCUGCGUCUCUCCGGCAUGACCAAACCUCAGAUCCUCCACGCGCUGGAGUCCCUGGAGAGGCUGGACUCGGACCACCGCCCGCCGUCAAACUGUGACUCCCAACCCGCCCCGUCCAACAACACCCCCGCCGCCGCCGCCCCGGCCCCGUCCUCGUCUUCGUCGUCCUCCUCCUCGCUGUCCCUCGCCUCGGCCACCACGCAGACCUCCGGGCUGGACGGCGCCGCGCUGUCCCCCAGCAACAGCUACGAGGCCUCCCCUCCACCCCUCUACCCGCCCAGCGUGGCGGUGCAGCGCUCCUUCAGCUACGACAUGAUGGGCGAGGAGGAGUGGGACCUGGAGGAGAAGGUGGAGGAGUACAUGAGGAGAGACAGCAACCUGGUGAAGGAGGAGAUCAAGACGUUCCUGAACAACCGCAGGAUCUCUCAGGCCAUCGUAGGCCAGGUGACAGGUAUCAGCCAGAGCUACAUCUCCCAGUGGCUGCUGCAGCAGGGCCUGGAGAUGAGCGACUCCAAGCGCAGAGCCUUCUACCGCUGGUACCUGCUGGAGAGGAACAACCCAGGGCUGAGGUGGAGUGAAAGCCAGCACAGCGUGAGUCCCAUGUCCAGGACCAGGGGGGGGGACAGAGACGUGACGGUAGCAGGGGCAAGUGGCAGCCUCCCCAACCCCAACACCAACCUCAACCCCAACCCCAACCCCGUGUGGAGCAGGCAGAGAGAGCUGCUGAUGCACCUGCUGCCGUGGUACACUGCUGCCGCCGCAGCCGCCCAGGCCCAGCCAGGGGCCACCUUAUCGAUGCGCUCCCUGGUGAAGGAGGAGCCUGAUUGGAGGACGGGGAUGAUGUCAGGAGACAGAGCAAGCAUGGUGGGGGGGCCGCUGAGGCUGCGCAGAGGAAGCAGGUUCACCUGGAGGAAGGAGUGCCAAUCCAUCAUGGAGAGCUUCUUCAUGGAGAACCAGUACCCGGAUGAAGCAAAGAGAGAGGAGAUCGCUAACGCCUGCAACUCAGUCAUCCAGAAACCAGGCUGCAAGCUUUCUGAGUUUGAACGUGUGACGGCAUUGAAAGUGUACAACUGGUUUGCCAACCGUCGGAAGGAGAUGAAGAGAAGAGCGAACAUCGCUGCCAUUUUGGAAAGCCAUGGAAUUGAGGUGCCAAGUCCCAGCUGCCACUCCAACGGGGAGGAGGGAGAGAUGCAGGAGUUCGCCGAUCAGGUGAACCAUCGGUUCUCAGAGCAGGAAGAGAGCUCUUCCCACAGGAUGGUUGAGGACUCCUCCUCAUUGGCUCCUGCAGAGGUCACCGCCCUGCCGAGCCCCCCCGCUCAGGUUCUGGAUCAGAAAGAGGAGGAUUCAAAAAGGGAGACUGUGGACGAAGAGUGACCAAAAGCUGGUGGAUCGUCACAUUUGAAUCAGAGGAAACGGAAAACAAUAAGUGUCUCCUCCUCCUCACAUGUAGGGGUCUUUUUGGGGGGCUUUGGCACCCAAUAAAUGAAAGGGAGAAGGGGGCCCCGGAUGGUAAGGAGGCCACUGUAUUUAUCAACAGUAAUCCUGCUUAUAUUAAUGGCAAUAUACAGUAUAUAUAUAUAUCCAUAUAUAGUGCAUUCCAAGAUGGUAUUAAAUUCCUUAGAGGGAGAAAUAUGUAAAGGAUACCUCGCCCGUUUGAAGCUUUUCUUUCUCUCGCUACACGCCUUCUUUUUGCCUUUUCACAGAGUGGUUGUUUGGACUGUGGUGACAUGAGAGUGCUGAGCCUGCAGGUCAGGUGUGUGUUGCUGUGGGAAGAGAGAGAGAGGUGGCUUACUUCUAGUUUAUGGUGAUUUGAACGCCCUCUGCUUGCGUAGAAAGUCUUUGACCCCGCCUCAAUCAGUCGAUAACGUGCUGUCGCUAUCAAGUCCGAAAAAGCCCUGAGGGACAACUGGAAUCUCAGGUAAAUCCCCCAAAAGAAACGGUGGAUCAAGACAGUGGAGGAUUGUCUGAACACGCGCUUUAAUUUCUUCAUCUUAACCAAAACAGGAUGUGUUAUUUAUACCUUUUUAUAUUUGCAGAACAAGCCUAGGACAAUAUAUCAUAGUCUCUCUUAUCAUCUGUCGUCUUUGUAUUACUGAAUGCUGCUGUUCCCUCGUUUCUUUUGUAUUAUAAUCCUCUUUCCAAACGUCUCACUCCUCCUCUCAGCCAGUGAAGCUAGACUACACUCACAUGUCUACUCAGAUUGUUUUUUAUGUUAACGUUUGAAAUAACGCUAAAACAAAUGUGAUCAAAUACGUAAUGCUACAUGCUAAAAGCACCUUCUCUGUUAUCAGAAUAAGCUAAAGCUUAAGCUCCUGUAAGUUUGUAUGACUGCACUUCAAAGUGGAUCUCACUAUAAUCGAAAGAGGGAAGCAGACUGAACCUGCGUUUGGGCCUAGACAUGUACAUAAACAAGCCGGAGAUCACACACGUCUAUGGGUGCUUUCCUUCACAUUAGCACUAAAUAGUUAUUUGUCAAACUUGAAUAGCUGACUCGCAUAGUCCCCUGUAUUUAAGGGCCAAAGGCCUCGGCGGGGAGACUCCCUAAAUGUUCAUGAAAUGGACGAAGACGCUUGUUCCUCUACCGUGUUACCUCCUAAUGCCAAAGCUAUGCCAAGGUAGAGAUGAGCUCGAUACGACACUAUAGAUAAACCGAACAUAGAUGUGUUUAUUUGCUCAGUACAACACUAGCCAACUCUAGCUUACCUCAGAAUAUCUGUGUCAUGAAUGUGUUGCAGGCCGAGCUGUCAGGAAGUGGCAGCUGCCUGACAGUGUUAUGUAGCAUAUAUGACGGGGGGGGGGGGGGCGGUGGGGUGGGGGGUUAGCCGUGUAUCUCUAACAUGUACUCACCUCAGACAGUCCGGUCGUCCGGCUUUGGACUCAAAGCUGCACGCCGGUUCUGAUUAUUACGCUCCUCUCUAUCUGCUUUACCUGACAGGAAAACAAUAACAGUAAUAAAAUUGUAAACAAUG